AUGAGGGCAGCUCUACGAUACAUCACUCUCGACACUCUGGCGCAGGACAGCGUUGCGCUCUUCCGUGAAUCCUUUUUCAGGGCCCAGAAGCCGGUUAUCCUGCCUCGAGGCCUCUUUCGAGACUACCGCGCAGCCUCCCGGUGGUUCUCUCCAUCGUCUUCUGCGUCAACUCGCGGCCUCAACUACGCUUACCUCGAGCAGUACGGGGACUGCUAUGUCCCAUUGGAGCUGACUACAUCUCCCGACAGCAAGGAUGGAAGCAUCUUUGAGCGCUCACACCGGCCAUUGAGUCUGUUUCUUCGGUGGACGCGGACGGUGCAGGCAUUGCCCGCGGCUGAUACGGACACACCACCGCGGCUGUACCUAGCUCAAUGUCAACUGCUGGACCUACCGAGCUCGCUUCGGGACGAUUUCCCAACGCCCUCCUAUGUCAGACAGGCUGGGAAGGGCGACAUCUACGAUACGAACAUAUGGGUUGGGAUGGCGCCGACCUACACUCCUCUACACCGGGACCCGAACCCGAACCUGUUCGUGCAGCUGGCUGGUUCGAAACACGUCAGAUUGCUGGCACCGGAUACUGGGCGUGGAGUGUUUGCGCAGGUCAGAGAGGCCCUGGACUCGGCCCAGGCUGGACAAGGUCAUACUAUCAAUUCUGCUAUCAGAGGUGAAGAGAUGAUGAAGGGUGCAGAGAGACAGCUCUUGGACCGUGCUGUCUGGGGAAACCGCGGCGAUACCGAACAGGACGAAGAUGAGUCCGCCAUCACGCGUGAGGGCGUCGGAUAUGAUGCCAUCCUUUAUCCAGGGGAUGCUCUUUUCAUACCAACCGGGUGGUGGCAUAGUAUCAAAGGCAUCGGCCAGGGGAUAACAGCUUCUAAUUAUCGAGAGUUUGAUUUCUAA